AUGAGAGUCCCACCUACGAUUCCCACAACACUGCUCCCUCGUUUGGCUCAGACGCCGAACGGAGGCAAAAGCGCCGGCGGACGUCAACGAAUACAUCCAACUGCCGAUAUGCUAACCCAAAGCUUAUCCACUCCAGAAGGAGGACCGGCCGUCCUCGCGGAUGAUGCAUCCGCCCCUUCGAACAGCGAACGACAUUCGCUGAACGAGCUUCCUCGAGAACUCCUGCUGUGCGUCUUCCAGUUUAUACCUCUGACGAACCUCCUUCGCUUGAGAGGAGUCUGCCGUCUCUGGUGGACCGACGUGCUUCAUAUGGUGGCAUUGCGUUUAAGAACCGCUGUAGAACCUCAAGUACCGACACCGGAGCAAAAGUCCGUGCCAAAGACGGAACUUAUUGUCGUACGCGCUUUGACGGACGGUGAUUGGUACAAGGAGAACUUACGCAGCGCUGCAUUGAGCUGCUUGAAGGUGCAGGGAUCGCUACGUGUUUUCGAGCAACCUGACCGUGACGACAGCAGGGUUUCGUCGGUCUCCGGAAUGCAGUCUGUGCGCUUUGUCUUCAAACCAGUUGAAGACUCGAAGCAAUGGCCUUUACUAGGCUACUAUACGAACGGCGAAGGACAGAUCGGGCUGGAGAUCAAUGGCUGGACAUUCACAUUGGCCGACUCCGUGAUAGGCUCCCUGUCGUCAAAGCGCGUUUCACAUCGCGACAACGACAUCUCAUUGAGCUACUCGGUACAAGGGCGACCGGAUAUCACUCCGGACACUGCCGAAGCCAAAGGGAUUCCGAUGUGGUGGCCCAGACGGGGAGUCUGGGGCAUGCCAUCAGAGUGCUACUUCCGUGAGAUACGGGUCGAUGAGUUCUCGAUGACCGUCGAGUUUUUGAUGAAGCUGCUGCCUGGGUGUGGGACGGCGCUGCUCGAGCAAACCGAAGCGCCAUCGACCGGUCGACGAGCAGCAUUAUCCUCCAGUCUUCGAUGGAGGCGAAUCGCAGACGAUGACGAUGUAGACGCAAUCAUGGUGAACUUCGAUGGACCCGAUUUUGAAGGCGAGGCCAACGAGGACUUCGGAGCAGAUCGAACCCGCACGUCGCUUGAAAAGUGA